GGACGCCAGCAGAGAACCCCAGGCCCUCCCAGCACACUGUUCCUGGAUCUCAUCUUCUCUGGAGCCUGAGCAGAGGGUGCCCCGGCCAGCCCACUGACCUUUGUCCAUCUGAGCCCUGGUUAAUUUUUGCCCGAUCUGUGGGCUGUGGGGCUCCUCCCUCACCCCCUCGGGGAUAUAAGUCUGGCCAGACGCUGCCCUUGCUCCUCGCCGUCCUGAAGCUCCCCCAGCUCCCCCCCUGCCCUCACCAUGGCCCAGGGCUUCUACAUUUCCAAGCCUGUGGGCAUCCUGGGCAUCCUCCUGGGCGUGGCGGCCGUGUCCACCAUCAUCGCUCUGUCCGUGGUCUACUCCCAGGAGAAGAACAGGAACGCCGAGAGCUCCAUGGCGGCCUCCACGGCGGCCCCCUCCACGGCCCCCUCCGCGGCCCCCUCGGCGGCCCCCUCCGCGGCCCCCUCCGCGGCCCCCACCGGCCCCACCACCACCGCGGCGACCACCUUGGACGCAAGCAAGCCGUGGAAUGUCUACCGCCUGCCCGAGACACUGACUCCCGUGUCCUACAACGUGAUGCUGAGGCCCUACCUCAGCCCCAACGAUAACGGCCUGUAUGUCUUCACGGGCACAAGCACCGUUCACUUCCUGUGCAAGAAGCCCACCGGCGUCAUCCUCAUCCACAGCAAGAAGCUCAACUACACCCUAGCCCAGGGGCACAGGGUGACCCUGCAGGCCCUGAACGGCUCGCAGCCCCAGCCCACCAUUGUGAGCACUGAGCUGGUAGAGCUCACCGAGUACCUGGUGGUGCACCUCCAGGAGCCGCUGGUGGCCAGUGUCCUGUACGAGAUGAACAGCACGUUUCAGGGCGAGCUGGCCGACGACCUGGCGGGCUUCUACCGCAGCGAGUACUCGGAGAACGGGGUCAAAAAGGUGCUGGCCACAACACAAAUGCAGGCUACAGAAGCCCGGAAAUCCUUCCCGUGCUUUGACGAGCCCGCCAUGAAGGCCACGUUUAACAUCACCAUCAUCCACCCCAACAACACGGUGGCCCUGUCCAACAUGCUGCCCAGUGGCCCCAGCAUCCCGCUUCCUGAAGAUCACGCCUGGACCAUCACUGAGUUCGAGACCACACCUGUAAUGUCGACCUACCUGCUGGCGUACAUCGUCAGCGAGUUCACCUGUGUGGAGACAAGAGCACCCAGUAACGUCCUGAUCCAGAUCUGGGCCCGGCCCAGUGCAAUCAACCAGGGCCAUGGCAAUUACGCCCUGAAAGUGACAGGCCCCAUCCUAGACUUCUUUGCCCAACAUUACAACACGUCCUACCCACUUAACAAAUCGGACCAGAUCGCCUUGCCUGACUUCAACGCCGGCGCCAUGGAGAACUGGGGGCUGGUGACCUACCGCGAGAGCGCACUGCUGUACGACAAUCAGUCCUCCUCCAUCGGCAACCAGGAGCGUGUGGUCACCGUCAUCGCCCACGAGCUGGCCCACCAGUGGUUUGGGAACCUGGUGACCUUGGAGUGGUGGAAUGACCUGUGGCUGAACGAGGGCUUCGCCUCCUACGUGGAGUACCUGGGUGCGGACUACGCGGAGCCCACCUGGAAUCUGAAGGACCUCAUGGUGCUGAACGACGUGUACCGCGUGAUGGCUAUCGACGCCCUGGCCACUUCCCACCCGCUGUCAACUCCUGCCUCGGAGAUCAACACGCCGGCCCAGAUCAGCGAGGUGUUUGACUCCAUCUCCUAUAGCAAGGGAGCCUCCGUUCUCAGGAUGCUUUCCAGCUUCCUGACUGAGGACCUAUUCAAGAAGGGUGUCGCGUCCUACCUCCAUACCUUUCAAUACGGGAACACCAUCUACAUGGACCUGUGGAAGCACCUGCAACAGGUUGUAGACAAACAGACGGUCGUCCAGCUGCCUAACAAUGUGAGUGACAUCAUGGACCGCUGGACCCUACAAAUGGGUUUCCCCGUCAUCACCGUGGACACCCGGACAGGCACCCUCUCCCAGCAGCACUUUCUCCUUGACCCCGAGUCCGUUGUCACCCGCCCCUCACAGUUCAACUACCUGUGGAUUGUCCCCAUCUCUUCCCUCAAAAACGGCAAGAUUCAGCAGGACCACUGGAUGCCGGGCGUCAAACAAAACCAGAGCGACCUGUUCAAAACCGCAGCUAACGAGUGGGUUCUGCUGAACCUCAACGUGACGGGCUACUACGUGGUGAACUAUGACAACGACAACUGGGAGAAGAUCCUGACUCAGCUGGAGAGGGACCGGUUGGUCAUCCCUGUCCUCAAUCGGGCUCAAGUCAUCCACGACGCCUUCAACCUGGCGAGUGCCCAAAAGGUCCCUGUCACUCUGGCGCUGAACACCACUCUCUUCCUGAAACAAGAGACCGAGUACAUGCCCUGGGAGGCCGCCCUGAGCAGCCUCAGCUACUUCAGGCUCAUGUUCGACCGCUCCGAGGUCUACGGCCCCAUGAAGAGCUACCUGAAGAAGCAGGUCACGCCUCUCUUCGACCAUUUCGAAGUCCUCACCCUCAACUGGACAAGCCACCCGCAGACCCUCAUGGAACAGUACAACGAGAUUAACGCCGUCAGCACCGCCUGCUCCUACGGGGUUGCCAAGUGUGAGAAGCUGGUCUCAACGCUCUUCGCCGAGUGGAAGAAGAACCCCCAAAAUAACAUGAUCCACCCCAACCUGCGGUCCACCGUGUACUGCAACGCCAUCGCCCAGGGUGGCGAGGAGGAGUGGAACUUCGUGUGGGAGCAGUUCCAGAAGGCCGAGCUGGUGAACGAGGCUGACAAACUCCGCGGAGCCCUGGCCUGCAGCAAUCAGGUCUGGAUCCUGAACAGGUUCCUGAGUUACACCCUGAACUCCAGCCUCAUCCGGAAACAAGAUGUCACCUCCACUCUCAGCAGCAUUGCCAACAACGUCGUCGGGCAAACCCUGGCCUGGGACUUUGUCCAGAGCAACUGGAAGAAACUCUUUGAGGACUACGGUACUGGCUCCUUCUCCUUCUCCAACCUCAUCCAGGCAGUGACCCGACGAUUCUCCUCUGAGUUCGAGUUGCAGCAGCUGGAGCAGUUCAAGAAGAAUAACAUGAACAUAGGCUUCGGCUCAGCCACCCGAGCUCUGGAGCAGGCCCUGGAGAAGACCAAAGCCAACAUCAAGUGGGUGAAAGAAAACAAGGAGACGGUGCUCAGAUGGUUCACAGAGAACAGCUCAUAGUCCUUGGUCCUUGCAGUCACCUGGCCCCCGUGUGAGAUGCCUUUUCUGUGUCUGUCCCAGGGGCCCUCGGCAGGGCCCCUUUCCUGGAGCCUGAGGCAGUGGUGUCCCUGCCCCAGAGACAAAGUCUCUGGUCCCCGUUUUCUCCACUCCGCCCACGGGGCCACUCCAGUUCCUGAUGGCCAGACUGCCCUAGCACUUCUCAGUCCCUGCCCCUCCCACCAACUCCCACCCCAGCCCUGGCCCGCGACGCCUGUCACCCAGGGCCCUGGGGCUGAUCUCAGGGAAGCCCAACUCUGGGGCCAGAUGAGCAGAAGCCCAAGAUGGACGAUGGAUGGCCUUACGGGACAGCCCUGUGCCCUCUCUCACCUUCCCAUAAAGUUCCUGGACCUGAGGAAUCAACAGGGCAAAGAUCUAUAUAUUUUUUUCUAAGAGAAAAUGUAAAUAAAGGAUUUCUAGAUCAA